AUGCUGUCCAUGCUCGACAAGAGGUCGCCUGCGGCGCCGAUCAUCAUCGUCGGCCACGUGGCCAGCGCUGUCAUCUUAGGGCUGGAGACGAUCGACCUCGCGUUUGACAUCACCAUCCUUAGCGGUCAGGCGCCGGCGUUGGGCAUACGCGGCCCAGGUGGUCAGCAGCUACUGCCGCUGGAGGUGGCGUGGAUAUGCGAAGGGCUGCGCCCUCUGCCGCUCAGCUGCGACUUACGGGGCAGACAGGCUCAGGCGGAAAUCAUCGACCCCCAAUCGCUCAUUGAACCGAGAGCUCUGAACUCGGCCUGCUGCCUGAGCUAG